CCGACAGGACGCGCAGCCAUCAGUUCACCGGGAACCUGGCAAGAGGCCACAUCAACGGGCAUUCCAAGGGAGAUGAUGCACUACUAACCUGGCCGCCAUGAGCCACAUUCCGAGGUGGGCAGCCCUGCUGCUGCUCCUGGGCUUGGCCCAUCAGCUGGACCCCUCUCUUGCCACGUCCCCAUCCUCGUUCUCCUCCGGAAAUGCCUGGCAGAGGGCAUUCUACGGUCGCGAUUCGCGCAACCUGAUGCACCGCAGAGCUCCGUUUCCCGUCGCCGGAGAUCAGGGCCUCAACGAUUACCUUGGUUCGUAUGCUGGAGGUGAGCAGGAGCAGCACCAACCGCUGCCUCCGCCACAGCAGAUGCGCCAACAGACAGAAGUUUACGGAAUUGUGGAGCCGCUGAUUGAGGACACGCCCUGCGCCGACCGCGCCUGUUUCCUCAACGAGGAUUGCUGUCCCUCCGGGGUCUGCGUCAGCACUUACGGAGAAGGCAAAUGCGUUUAUGUGUUCGGACGACAGCGGGAUUUGUGCCAGCGACAUGCCGACUGUCCACAGGGUACUGCCUGCAUACUGGCCGCCCAGGAGAGCGUCUGGCGCUGCGAGACGGAUGCGGAGUCGGGUGGUCCUACGUCUCUCCUGGAGGAUAUGUUCGGAUUGAAGCAGAGGCAGCCGUUGGGAAGUGAUUGCAGCAGCAGCAGCGAUUGCCAGGUGAUCAAUGGCAUGUGCUGCCAGCAGCAGCGGUUGCACCAUCGGGCUGCCAUCAAGCUGAGCUGUGGCUAUUUCCGCGAUGCCUUCGACUGCGUGGACAUGGUGGGAGCAGAGCAUCACCGCAACUAGGGAUCACAGUCCUUUGGUAGCAAAGCUCAGGAAAUCGAAAGAGAAAAACAGGAAGCCAAACAGGAAAUGAACCAGAUAACUGAUUGAAAUGCAGCUAUUCCUCGGAUUUAUUUCAAUACUGCAACAUAUCCAAAUGUGUUAAACGAAUACAUAUCAAGUUCAAAUUGCUGUAGCUUAGAGCAAUCGGAUUUAAAUAACCUGCAUAUGAAUAUUUAUUAUUACUCAAACGAUCUUAGAUAUCUUAAUGUGUUUUUAGUAGAGACUCUCCAAAUAUACUGACUGAGGCAUUCAAUGUUAUUAGCAAAAAGAAGAGUAAUCCAAUCGUUUUACCAUAUUCAAGCAACAAUUAAAUCGUUUCACGUCUAUAUGUAAAUCAAAUACAAUGAAUAAAUUAGCAAA